GGUAGAGGAAACGAUGCGGUCCAGAUUAACGUAAUGAGCUCGAAUAAAAUCAACAAUGCCGAAUUCUAUACUCCAGCAGAUGGUCAACCUGGAGUGAUGUACAUGUAUAGAUUCACAAGUUCUAAUCCGAAUCGAGACAGUGGGCUUGACAACACGAUCUCAUUACAUGAGUAUGGUCAUGGUGUUUCUACGCGUCUUACUGGUGGAGCUUCUACUGUGCAGUGUCUUCGAACAACCGAGGCCAGGGGAAUGGGAGAAGGCUGGAGCGAUCUAUUUGCAAUAGUACUUACGGCAAAAUCAACCGACACCUCUACCAGCAAUAUCAUUUCUGGUGCAUAUGCAUCCAAUCGACGUGCUGGUAUUCGGAUGUAUCCAUACACCACCAACAUGAAUGUCAAUCCGCUAAGAUAUUCGAAUCUCAGAACCCAAAGUGAAGUCCAUGACAUUGGAGAGAUUUGGGUUACCGCCAUGUGGGAGGUAUAUUGGAACUUGGUUCAAAAGUAUGGGUUUUCGAGCAAUCUUCACAAUGCAAAACAGCAAGCAGGAAAUGUUAUUUUCUUGCAAAAUCUGAUAGGCGGAUUGAUGCAUCAACCUUGUAAUCCAACUUUCAUAAACGCACGUGAUGCUGUACUUGCUUCUGAUCAAGCUUAUUAUGGCGGAGCUAAUGUAUGUGAGAUCUGGCGUGGCUUCGCCAAGCGUGGUUUUGGAGUAGGUGCU